AUGGAGUGUUCGCUCCGUAGCUCGACGCGAGUGCUCUCCCUAUGGACCUUGAUCAUCGGCAGCUUCAAUAUAGCAGGUCUACGUCCGGGUCCGAGCGUGAGGGCGGAGUCACUGGACGCGGUCAAUUUGUCAGCGGUGGCGGGAGGAGACGCCACGCUUCCUUGCGACACCCGAUCGCCUCAGCCACCCGACGCUCUUCUUCUUGUCGUCUGGUACAAAAACGAUGUACCUAUAUACAGUUACGACGGUCGAAUGGAAGGACCGUCAGCGCAUUGGGCGGAUGCAUCUCUCGCUGGUCGAGCGAGAUGGCACGCCAAGCCACACUCCGCUCUACGAAUACGCGACGUUGUACCCACCGAUCGAGCUCUGUACCGCUGCAGAGUCGAUUUCAAAGUAUCACCGACUAGGAACUACAAGUUCGUCCUUCAUGUGAUUGAAUUACCAGAAAAACCGAAAGUAUUCGAUGAGGGUGACAAGGAAGUGAUCGGUGUCGCCGGACCGUACAUCGAGGACACAAGCUUGAAACUCACCUGUGUUGUAAGUGGAGGUAAGCCGAUGCCACGCUUACGCUGGUGGCGGGAUGAUAAAGUCAUCUCUAAGUUGGAACCAGUUGAAGACGAAACCAGGCUAAGCCUUCUAGAGUUAAGGAUACCGAGGCUUUCGAGAGAAUACUUCGAAGCAGUCUACACUUGCACAGCGGAUAACACAGCGCUGGUUCCUCCACUGAGGGUUAACGUUCAAAUUCAGCUAUAUUUGCGACCGUUGCUCGUUGAGAUACUGGCGCGUGAACAACCCCUGUCAGUCAGUCAAGAGACAGAGCUGGCUUGUAGAGCCGUAGGUGCGCGGCCGACAGCAAUCAUCACCUGGUGGCUGAAUGAUAAACAGAUGACUGUCACAGAUCCACAAAAAAUAUCCGAAGAUCGAAAUGAGACGAUAUCGGUGCUGCGUUGGACGCCCCGUAUGGAGCACAACGGACGCACUUUAACAUGUAGAGCUACUCAUGCGAAAUUGCAACACACUAUCCUUGAAACUUCCAUGAAACUAAACUUGCACUAUGUUCCUAUAGUAGAACUAAAGCUGGGUUCUACGUUAAACCCAAACGACAUAGAAGAAGGCGACGAUGUGUACUUCGAUUGCACAGUGAAGGCGAAUCCACCAGCUUACAAAGUUGUUUGGGAGCAUAACGGUCAAGUAAUGACGCACAAUCAACGCGCCGGGGUGAUAGCGGGAUCAGCAAACUUAGCCCUUCAAAAAGUAUCCAGAGAGCAAGCGGGAAAGUACGUUUGUGUCGCGUCCAAUGUGGAGGGGGACGGAAGGUCAGCAGCCGUCAACUUGCAAGUUAUUUAUAAACCAAUGUGUAAGAACAAGGUAACAGCCAUUGUCGGAGCCGCUAUCAAUGAAGAAGCGCGCGUUACUUGUGAUGUUGACGCCUUUCCACCACCAACAAACUUUCAAUGGACUCUCAACAGUACUGUAGGCACCGUUGAAUUGGAUAAACAUAAAGUGGACAAUUCCGGACGUUCCAUCCUAACACAUAAGCCAUUAUCAGACACGGAUUAUGGGUCCCUAGCAUGCAGGGCCACUAACUUAGCGGGACAACAAAUCGAGCCCUGCAGAUAUACCCUACUGCCCGCUGUGAAGCCAGAUCCACCCACUAACUGCUCAUCACUGAACUUGACUGAAGAUUCGGCAGAACUUAAAUGUUUAGCUGGUUACGACGGAGGCCUUCAAACUACUUACUUCGUGGAAGCGUGGGAAAUGGACACACUUAUCGCAAAUGUUUCCACAAUAACACCGCUGUGGAAGUUACAAGGACUCGGGUCGGGGAAAGAGUUAACGCUAGUGUUUUAUGCGAAUAAUGCAAGAGGACGAUCGGAAAUCACCACACUGAGAGUGCAUACAUUAUCAAGAAUGGCUUUACAUACAGAGGCACAAAAUACGAUGGGCAGUAUCGACGCAAGCUGGGCGCUCGGUAUAAUCGCGGGAGCGGUGGGCACGCUGGCGGCGGUCGCGGUGAUCGCGCUGUUGGCGAGGAAGCGGCAGCACCGGCCGCUGCACUAUGAAGCUCCAACGCAGACCGUUAAAGCGUACAAGGGAAUACAUAGUUCUAACCAUUCUCCUAUCCAGCCGGACGACAAAAACCCAGACGUAGUGCCUCUGGGGAAAGAUUUCAAUUGCACGCGAGAUUCAGAGCGACCUCCGGAGCCUCCGCCUUAUGGCGCUGUCGUGUCGCCUCCAGUGGGGUCAUCUAGAAGUGUUCACAGUCUGCAUGACAGAUCCAACACUCCACACACGCCUAACACGCCCAUAUCUGAUGCUCAGAGCAUAGGUACACUAGCGGAAGAUAGACGGAGCGUCACGAGCGGGACUUUGUCGAGGAGAAGAGAAGUCGUGACGACAAGGACGCCGCUACUGGCGAACGCGCGGGAGAGUUGCGUGUAG